AUGACUGACGUUCCUCUUCCUGAAUGCCUUCCAAAGCCAGAAGAACCGAAAGCUGCAGAACCACAACAGUCUCCUCAGCAACCUCAGUUCCAGCAAGUACCUCCGAAUUACUACCAAUUUCCACCUCAAGGUUACUACCCACCACAAGGCUUCCCGAACUACCCUCCUCAGCCUAUGUCUUACUUCUCCAACCCUUGGUUGUUCCAGCAAGCUCCACCCCAGCAAUUCCAAUUCCAAUCUCAAUCGAAGAGAGACCAAGACUUCGAGGAAGGUCUGAACCGCUUACGCAAAGAGUAUGCUACAGCUCCAAUUGAGAGAAAGUUGUUCCCGGACCAAAAAAUAAUGUUUAGGGUAGAUGGUUAG